CACAUGUAGCGUGAUUACUGAGAAAAUGUCUCACAAGUACCAGCCUUCCCUUUCCACCUCACGAGAGCCAAAUCAACAGUGACGAUGAUCUCAACGGCCAAGGAAAUAGCUUAUAUGAGGGGUUUAAAACUUGUUCAUAUGAGCUUUAUCCUGAUAAAAGGGUUCAUGUGAUGGGAGGGAGCAUAAGUUGAAGGGGCUGGCGGGACCAGAAAUAGUUUCAUGUCGCAAACAGCUCUAUUAGAAGAUUGUCUCAGUGCGGCCCACGUCCCUGCAAAUUCCUCCCGAGGGGCCCCAAGACAGGACGACUAUGACCGAAUGCGGUACUGAAGCAUGGAGCAGACUCAUUGUAGGUACGGAUACAAUACUCGUCAUAUGUUCCCGAUGGGAGAAGGGAGCAAGGGAUCCCAAAGGACAUAUAAGAGCGAACAGCCCAGUAGAGUUUUCGUGAUAGCAGCAAGCACUUAGUCAAACCUAGUCAUUGCAUCACUUCAGUUAACAACCCAAAAUGUUGUCCUUCAAACUCUCCUUCUUUCUAGCCUUCUUCCUCUGGGCCUUCACUCUUGAGGCUGCACCAGCAAUGCACCAUCACCGCCACGGCAAUCAGCAUCUUCGUCAUCUCCACGCAACAAGAGCAGCACUUUUGCACCGCGAAAGAUCACACUUCCACCGUGGAGCCCCUCAAGUUUUGUUCGAAGAGCCUCAGAAGCCUAGUGAGAGUGUGAGAGCACAGGCUGUGCCUGACCAGGAGAUGCACCAUUCCGUGGAGCGGUUAACGGUAUAGAUGUUCAACGAACAGGAUUCUGCAAUGGUCGGGUGUAAGUGAUGAGAGGAAACCAGAAGCUGGCUCUUCUGAUAUUGGUGUGUUGGACGGAGUUUGUUUGAUACUGGAGAGCCACAUGGGCAUUGGUGAGAUACUUGAACCAAGGAUGGUUUAUAAUUUUUAUAUGUUAGUUUCGAACACUUUCUGUACCUCUUUGGGUUUAUAGAAUUCAUAAAUUCAUAAGAUAUCACUGCUCAAAUUCUAGGGUUAUUAAGCAUAUUAUAUGGAAU